AUGUCUGAUUGCGGCGACAGUGACGCUGGUUGGAUUUUCUACAAGGAUAGACCAGAUUGGAAUGACAUUAAACCAGUGCCAGAAGAUGAUGGACCAUCGCCAGUAGUUGUGAUUGCACAUUCAGAAAAAUUUGAAGAUGUGUAUGACUACUUCCGUGCCAUACUACAAAAAGAUGAAAAAUCACAGCGUGCCUUAGAGUUAACUAAAGAUGCAGUGGAGCUGAAUUCUGCUAAUUAUACAGUUUGGCAGUACAGACGAGAGCUGUUAAAGGAAUUGGGCACGGAUCUCAGAUCUGAAUUGGACUAUGUUGAAUCUGUUAUCAAAAUAUCACCUAAAAACUAUCAAGUGUGGCAUCACCGACGGGUGUUGGUUGAAUGGCUACAAGACCCUUCCCAAGAAUUAGAUCUGACUGGUGAGGCACUGCUUCAUGAUCCAAAGAAUUAUCAUGCCUGGCAACACAGACAAUGGGCCAUUAAGUCUUUCAGGCUUUACGACAAGGAGAUCGAAUUCGUCGACAGCCUCUUAUCAGACGACGUGCGGAACAAUUCCGCGUGGAAUCAGCGCUACUUUAUCCACAACAACCACACGGGCUGGUCGGAUUUGAACGUGCAAAAGGAGAUUUGCUAUACGUUAGAAAAAAUUAAAUUUGUCAAAAACAACGAGAGCGCUUGGAAUUAUCUCCGCGGAAUAUUGCUUCACGACAAACGCGGACUCAAUGGAAAUGGUGUAGUUACGUCGUUUUGCGAGGAGUUGUACAAGAACCGAUGUCGGUCGCCAUUUUUGUUGGCGUUUAUUAUCGACGUUUGCGAGGAGGCCAUUAAGAAAAAUGAGACGAAUAGUUUCCAUAAUGUCGAGAGGGCGAAGGAAUUGUGCUCUGCGCUUGCGACGAAAUAUGAUAAGAUUAGGGAGAAGUAUUGGACGUAUUUGAGGGAUCGAUUCGAGAAGUAUGUUAGUGUUAAUGGGGAGAACUCGCAAUAA